GCGGGGAUGUGAGCUCCGGGGGCAGGCCCGGGUCGAAAUCCGAGGAGGGUGCUGGCCUGAGUCGGGCUCAGGCGGGGGUCGCUGGCCCUGGGGCCCGAAGCUGUCAGGAACCACGCUGCAUUCCCUGCGGACACCUCUGACUUGUGUCUGGGUCCCCGCUGAUGGGCAGGUCCCAUGUGCGAUUUCCAACCUCCGGGCGGGAGCGACACGUGUGUUGCCUGGAUGACUUUCCUUAUAUCGGGGCGUACGGGAUUCUGGGAGUCCCUGGAGACAGAGUAAUGGGCCCUCCUCCGCUUUCUUGGGAGUGGAGACUGUCUUCUGAAGAUUGAUGUCUAUUUCCUUGAGCUCUUUAAUUUUGUUGCCAAUUUGGAUAAACAUGGCACAAAUCCAGCAGGGAGGUCCAGAUGAAAAAGAAAAGACUACCGCACUGAAAGAUUUAUUAUCUAGGAUAGAUUUGGAUGAACUAAUGAAAAAAGAUGAACCUCCUCUUGAUUUUCCUGAUACCCUGGAGGGAUUUGAAUAUGCUUUUAAUGAAAAGGGACAGUUAAGACACAUAAAAACUGGGGAACCAUUUGUUUUUAACUACCGGGAAGAUUUGCACAGAUGGAACCAGAAAAGAUACGAGGCUCUAGGAGAGAUCAUCACGAAGUAUGUAUAUGAGCUCCUGGAAAAGGAUUGUAAUUUGAAAAAAAUAUCUAUUCCAGUAGAUGCCACUGAGAGUGAACCAAAGAGUUUUAUCUUUAUGAGUGAGGAUGCUUUGACAAACCCACAGAAACUGAUGGUUUUAAUUCAUGGUAGUGGUGUUGUCAGGGCAGGGCAGUGGGCUAGAAGACUUAUUAUAAAUGAAGACCUCGACAGUGGCACACAGAUACCAUUUAUUAAAAGAGCUGUGGCUGAAGGAUAUGGAGUUAUAGUACUAAAUCCCAAUGAAAACUAUAUUGAAGUAGAAAAGCCGAAGAUACAUGUACAGUCAUCAUCUGAUAGUUCAGAUGAACCAGCAGAAAAACGGGAAAGAAAAGAUAAAGUUUCUAAAGAAACAAAGAAGCGACGUGAUUUCUAUGAGAAGUAUCGUAACCCCCAAAGAGAAAAAGAAAUGAUGCAAUUGUAUAUCAGAGAAAAUGGUUCUCCUGAAGAACAUGCAAUCUAUGUUUGGGAUCAUUUCAUAGCUCAGGCUGCUGCUGAGAAUGUGUUUUUUGUUGCUCACAGCUAUGGAGGACUUGCUUUUGUUGAACUGAUGAUUCAACGAGAAGCAGAUGUAAAAAAUAAGGUAACUGCUGUGGCAUUGACAGACUCUGUUCACAAUUUUUUUUUUUUUUUUGCUGGCAAAACGAUUCGAGAAUGGAUGAGAGAGAACUGUUGUAAUUGGGUCUCUAGCUCAGAACCAUUAGACACAUCAGUGGAGUCCAUGCUACCUGAUUGCCCCCGAGUCUCAGCAGGAGUCAGAGCUGCUGAAGGAGAAUUCACGGGAAGGUGGAGCAGAUGCAGUCCUAGCUAUUGCCUCACACCACAAGGCACCGACCGUCACGAGCUAACUUCCUGGAAGAGCUUCCCGUCUAUUUUCAAAUUCUUUACCGAAGCCUCAGAAGCCAAGAUCAGCUCCCUGAAGCCGGCUGUGACACGCCGCUCGCACCGCAUCAAGCACGAAGAGCUGUAAGAGGAGCGAGCGCGACUGGGGAGGCCGCCCUGGCGCACGCACCCGCACCCUCCUCACUGCUUGUGUCGUCGAGCAGACUCCCAGCCCCUCAUUAGAUUGUUUUCUUCCCAGAGCACAGGGUCGUGAUAUGUACAUCUAAAUAGCGUUUUGCAUUAUUUCUAGAUGAGUGCAACUGUCAAAGCAAUAUGGGUUCACUGGUCGUGCUUCCUGCGGGCUGAGCGCUGCCCGUCAGCGCUCAGAUUAAGGCUGACAGCGCCCUGCCUGGCGUGGCUGGCGCGGCUCUAAUUGCCCUGACCGAGCCCGCGCGGGCGCUGCAGGGCGGGCGGCGUCGGCAUGGUCCUAGCGCCCGCUGCAGCGCAGCCGCUGCUGCUUCCACCUCCUUAAUCAUGUCCAUCUUUCCCCGCUCUCAACUGGAACAAACUUUUAUUCCCGACUUCAAAUUUCCAUUUUAACUAGGUUUUUCCCUGAGGACAUGUUAUUACCCACCUCUUUUUUUUUUUUUUUAGGAAGUUCCACACACAUGUUCCAAACCAAUUUCAAAUUCAGAACAGUACCAUGUAGUUUGGGGAGUGCAAAUUGUUCUCUCCCUGUUUUCAUUUCGGGACCAGAAAAAAAAAAAAAAAGGAAAACUUUGCAUAAAAAUCUAUAAAGUACUGAAUCCGCAUUACUGCUGAAAAUCUUUUUGCCAGCUGUUUGUGAGAGUUUACACAAGUCUCUGAUUUCAGAAGAGACUGUUAAAACCAAAACAAUGAUGGGCAGCUCUUUUAAGUGUAGGUGUAAAAGGUCCCAUUUUCAAUGAAAUUUCCAACUGUUAUCACUAGAAUUGACUUUACUUUUUAAAUAUAUAAUGUGUACUGAGUGGCAUUAUAAUUUAGAUAUAACACACUUAAGUUUUGCUUUUUAAAUCUCUCUGUGGAGAAAGAUUGUUGUUGUUAACCCUUUCCAGAAUGAUCUAUUCUGAGCUUUCUUGGAGUUAGGCACUUCUAGGGAGAGAAUUUUUUUAUUGUCAUCAGGAAACUAAACCUAUGUGCUCUGCAGCCUUUUUCUUCUGAAAGGCUAAGUGGGGCUAAAAUUAUCCUUUUAGUUUUCUGCUUUAACAGUAAGAGAAGGACUUGGUGUGAAAGAAUUUCUUCUCUCAGUCCAGUGGUAUAAUUUUUAGCACUCUGCUUCCUCUGUAGGGUUUAGCCCUACAGUUUGAACAAUUAAGUAUUUUAAUCCAGCUAAGAUGUGGCCAACACUGUGAAAUACAGGAGAUAUUAAGGUUUUGCUGACUUUUAGAUUAAAAUCUUAAAUUUUCAUAUUAUUUUUUAAUUACUUGACAAGUUUAAUUACCUAGUAAAGAUUGUUUCUAAUAGAUGAGAACAUGAAUUUAAUAGUUUUCAUCCUUUUUUAAAGUGUAUACAACAAUUAAUAUGCCUGCCUUAUUUCAGGACAUGAGAAAAUGUACCCAAAAUGACUUAGAACUGUCUAAUGCCUCAGAAAAGUAACUUAAAAUCAACCACUUCGUGCUUAAAUGUUUUUAUAUUAUGAACCGAUUUCAACAAGUUUUAAAGCUGUUAAUAUCUCAUUGCUGUGUUUGACAUACAAGUACAUUCAUUAGUUCUAUAGUUUUAAUGAUGACAAAUUAAAGUGAUCUUUCUUCAGUGGUCAGGUAUGCAUAUAUUUUGGUGUUACUUAAGCAAAAUCAACUAUAUGGGAGGAAAAAUCAAAAUGGCAUUUUAUUCAGCUACUGGAUGGCUUAAAAUGAGUAAACCCCAACAACGUCAAGCACAUUUGUCUCUGAUAUUGACCCUUUUUAUCCAAUCUUUACUACUUUAGAAGUACUGGUGAACUCUGUAAAAUAAUGGUAUCUUCCAGUGAGAGAUUCAAGAAUAGAUGUGAAUUGAAUAUAUUUUUCAAGGUAUUAUAAAUUGUGUCGUGUUUUCAGUAUAUGAAAAUGUUGACAGGAAACAAUUUUAUAGCAUUUAUAAAAAACCAACACUUCUGCAAUGCUAAAUUUGUGAAGCUUCUGCACCUGAAUUAGAGCAAAAUAAAUAUGCUCAGUUUAUAAACCACAUCACUCCUUAUCCUUCUCUUAAAUCAUCUCUCCUCUUUUUAAACCUUUACUUAUAACUAGAAUAAAUCACUAUUUAAUUGCCUCUAAUACUUUAAAACUACUGGAUGGUUAGGCCUUGUUUAACUAUCUAUAGAGAGCUAUUUGCAAACUUAAGUUGUGUAAAUGUAAUUUCUACUUGUGAAUCUGAGCUGUAGCAGCCCAGAGGGAGCUAGGCAAACUUCCAGACCACCAACUGAUAAGUGAUCAUAUCCUUUGUAAUGCAGGAUUUUUAACCUGUUGAUUAUGGGUUUGUUGAUAUAAAUGUAAUAAUGUUCACCUCGAUUUUCCUGGAGUGACAACCAGCAGUUGGUAGUAGCCCACCUGCAUGAGUGCCGCCAGUGUUAACAAUAUCUUUGCUCUGAUCUUCUUCUUCCCCAUUUUUGUUUCCUCAAACAGGUUUUUAGGAGAGUGAAGAUUUAAAGUCAGGAUGUGGACUUUUUAUUUUAAUUAUAUACUUAAUUCUUAGAACAAGUAGAAUGGGAAAGGAGUGACUGAUAAAUCUAAGAUUCAAAAUAGUCCUGUCGAAACUUAAAGGCCAGAUUAUUGCUUUAGAGCUUUCUGUAGGUACCUAGCCAUCCAGUCGUUAAACAUUUUCAUGGAUAUUUGAAAAGAAGACCAUGUACUUGUAAUAACUGUUCUUUUCUGCCUUUUGCUUUGACCUUGAUUGCAUUAUUAUUGUUUAUUCAAAGAAUAAAAAGGAAAGCACAAGCUUUUCCUGUAUAUUUCCAUUUCCAUUUUAAAAUAAAAACAAUUUUCCCAACAA